GUAGUUUCCUCUGGCUUCUGUAGCUCCUCCCCUUCCUCCUCACUUCCUGCUUGGGAUGCUAAGGAAGCAGAACUUACAAGGAGCCACAGAGAAGGACUUUAUGUGAUUUUUUUCUUAAUUUUCAGAUCAUAAAUCAUGCCUCUCACCUGGAUAGCAGAAGGAUGAGGACAUAUUCCAACAAAUGGGGGCAUCGGACAAGGACAUUACCUUUCAGUCGAGCAUCCCUGUACCUCUGGACAUAACUGUGGCUGUGGUCUACUCAGUCUUUGGACUUUGCUCACUAUUUGGCAACAGCACCUUGCUGUAUGUGUCCUACAAGAAAAAGCACGUCUUGAAGCCAGCUGAACACUUCAUCAUCAACUUGGCUGUCAGCGACCUGGGCCUGACUCUGUCUCUCUCCCCGAUGGCCAUAACUUCCAGUGUCUACCACAGGUGGCUGUAUGGGAGGACGGCGUGCUCCAUCUACGCCUUCUGCAGCAUGCUGUUUGGCAUCUGCAGCCUGACCACUCUCACCCUGCUCAGCGUGGUGUGCUUCAUCAAAGUGUGUUAUCCCUUCUACGGAAACCGAUUCAACAACUUCCAUGGCUGCCUACUCAUCUCCUGUGCUUGGGUCUUUGCGCUGUUGUUUGCCUGCUGCCCGCUGGUCCACUGGGGAGAAUACGGGCCAGAACCUUACGGUACAGCCUGCUGCAUCGACUGGCGCCUGUCCAAUCGGCUCCCGACGGCACGCUCCUACACGGUGGCGCUGUUCUUCUUCUGCUACAUCCUUCCGUGCUGCAUCAUCCUGGCGUCCUACACGCGGAUUCUGGCCACGGUGCACGCGUCGCACAAGACCAUGGAGCGGCACGCAUCCAGGCAGGCGCACAUGAGCAGCAUCCAGAUCAUCAUUGUCAAGCUAAGCGUCGCCGUCUGCAUCGGUUUCUUCAUGGCCUGGAGUCCAUACGCUCUGGUGUCCAUGUGGGCUGCGUUCGGAAACAUCGAGAACAUCCCUCCUCUGGCGUUCGCCAUGCCGGCCAUGUUUGCCAAGUCCUCCACCAUUUACAACCCCAUCAUCUAUCUCACGCUGAGACCCAACUUCCGCAAGGUAAUAUGCAGGGAUGCGGGUGCUCUGAGGAGCUGCCUGUGUUCCUGGUGCUGCUGCCGGCCUAAAGUCGGGGUGAGACUUCGAUCGGUCCCAAAACGGAGCGACCGAUUCCCUUCGCCUAGCUCUUCGACCCAUCCUGCUACGAUAGCCUUGAAAGGUCAGAAGGAUGCGUUUGAAUCCCCCACGCCGAGUCCUCAAGUGUACAGUGUUACUAACCCCCCAGCUUGUGAAGAACCGUCCCAGGAUAGGGCCCUUCUCCAAAGAGAUAAACAAAAACAUCAAAGUGGGAGCCACAUGAGGUCUUUACUGUGCAAAAUGUGCGCAAAAAGGACUGCAGAUAGUCUUCAUAUUGAUUUAGAGAUGGUUCCAAGCAAAGCCAAAGUGGCUUGGCCUUGAUUUUCUCUCCAAUAUUACUAAAAUAUUUGGACUUAUUCUGCAGGUUCUUCUGUGAAAUAUUGACAAUGUUGUUCAGGAAUGUACGAUAAGCUCCUUUACAGUCUUAAUUUAAAGGGGACUGCACUUUUUUUAAUUUUUUUUUAGGAAUUUUGCCUAUCGUUCAUAACCCUUA